AGCAUGAUUUCUAUACUUCCAUAGAAGGCAUCCCUAUCCCACAUGAAAGAUGAAAAUCAAUAGAAUUACCAAGACACGGCCUCCACACGCCAUCUCCUAUUCUAACCCCUAUCUCUCUCUCCUGCACAAUUCGAAAAGAAACAGAAAAACUACGGCGGAACUUAAUUCUCGAGGGUCAGUUAGCUAAGGCAAUGUCUCUCCUUCGCUCAUCCCCUAAUCCCCAGCCCAAACAGCUCAACCUUCCCUGUUCAAUUCAACUGAAUUCCAUUGCCUCGAACAAUAAAAAUCACCUUGAAGAAGAAGAAAAAACCUGCAACCCUUGGCCUCACCUGUUCUUCCUCUUCUGCUCUCCUGUGAUAAUCCGUUCAAACGGAAGAAACAAACACAAAUUGGGUUCCUUGUUACCAAUUCGUCAAUCUGGGGCAGUUCAGUAGAAACAAUGGAAGUUCAGAGGCUUAGGCAGUUGAUGCUCUUUUGGUCAAGAAACAGCACUCGUGUGGCCCUCGUGGGUGGAAAUCACACAGCUGCUAGGUUUUGCACUCGCUAGACUUCCCCUUCCUCUCCUCUUCUCUCCCCCUCUUUCUUUCUCUGACAUUGUCUUUCUCUGUAAAAUCAAAAUACCCAUUUACCGGAAAAACCUGCAACAUUCUCUCUUCUUCCCUCCCUCACCUGCUUUCUCAAAAAAUUCAGAAACAAUCCUCGACAAUUCAAGGUAGAAACUAAAUUUGAAGAAUAAGAUAUGACCAUGGCUCCAGGAUUUCGACCUGCACAGACCCAGUAUAGGAUAAAGCUCCGGCACAGAGGUGGGAUCGCUGUGACUCCUAAGAAUCAGCUCAUAAUUAAGCUACCCGAUUCAAGGGCUCUGAAGGUUACUGCCCGAUCGAUGCUUCUGGCAUUGGCCAUUAUUACUUCUUCCUGGCUUGGAUCACUUGUCAUUUGGGAUCCUUCCUUAUCUUAUAGUCCUGUAACCUAUGAGGUCCGUGUUCAUGGUGAAUCAUUGUUGCCUGUGCUCCUUCGUGACUUAACCCGCGAGGGUCUCUUCAAAUCGAGCGACAAAGCCCUCUUCGUGAGCCGAUAUGGCGAUGGCAACGAUGUGAUAGCUCAUGGUUCCCAAAUCUUGAACCCACAUGAAAUCGUCUCUGAAUCCGAUGCCGAUCGACAGAGUUCGAUCCCAGAUGGCACAUUUGAUUUCGUCUUCGCGUCUGGCUUCCUUGCCGGCGAUUUCAUCGAUCGAAGCCUCAAGAUCGGCGGAAUUGUCGCCAUUCAAUUGAGCAAUGACGCCUCGAAUGCCUUCCACAAACCAUCGAAUUACAAAAUUGUGUAUCUCAGGCAAUUCGAAUCCACGGUUUUGGCGAUGAAGAAGACUGGCCCUGCUGAGAUGAAAGCACCGACGAAGAGCUGUCUCUGCGGAUUUUCAUCGGAAGCCAAGAGGGCAGCAUUGAAUGGCCUAGAGGAUGUGCUGCUUGAACCUCCACAAGAUUCUUCAUUGAAGAAGAGUAACAAGUACUUGAAAAGGACCAAAUUCCUCCCUAACCUAAUGGGUGAUUCUUUAGAAGACUACUCUCGUCGCCUAUUCAUCGAUGUUGGCUUACCAGACAAGAACGGCAAUGGCGGAUCGACAUGGUUUGCAAAGAACUACCCAACAAGGAACAGAGAUUUUGAGAUGUUUAAGAUAGAGACUGUGAAUGAGAACGAAGAGGUAUUGGAUGAGGAGGUGCCACAGAUAAGCAUGUCGGACUGGUUGAACGAGAAUCUGAGGAUAGAGGACUACGUGGUGAUGAAGGCAGAAGCAGAGGUAGUGGAGGAGAUGAUGAAGAGCAAAGCUAUCUGUUUGGUGGAUGAGCUGUUUCUAGAGUGUGACCACCAGGGCUUGGGAGGGAGGAAGAGCAAGAGCAAGCGGGCUUAUUGGGAGUGCUUGGCUCUUUAUGGGAAGUUGAGGGAUGAAGGAGUUGCAGUGCAUCAAUGGUGGGGAUGAAGAAGAUUUCAACUUUGUUAGAGAGAGAGAGAGAGAGAGAGAGAGAGAGAGAGAACCGAAAAGCCAUCUUUCUGUUCGCUCUUCUCUGUGCAUUGUUUGGCUCAUUGCAGAUAUGCAGUGGCCCACAUAGUGUGCGAGAGUGGGUCUGAUGUGGAGGGGUGCGUUCAAUAUCUUCAUCCUAAGUUUUUUUUCAUUCUAUUUUUUAUAAUUACAUCUGAGUAUGUGCACAGGGAAAGUAGUAGACUUGGUACCUCAAGUAUGAUUUAUCAUGUUUGGGGUACCUUAAGUUUCAUUAUUGUAUUUGGGUACCUCGUGUUUUAUAAUGGGUUUUCUUUCCCGGCAGUAUGCCUAAUGAAAUAUAAUGCUUCAUCAUU